AUGAACAAUACGUGCAUUUUUAUCCUGUUAUUUGUCGCACUUGUUUCAUGUGCAUUAUCAUCCUAUCUUGAUAUUCCACCACCACCUGAAAGACCGGCUCGUUUUAAAACCAAAGAACAAAUUGAAACUUAUCUUAAAGCUGUUAAAGAUUAUUAUGAUGCAUUUAAAAUAAAACUCGUUCGUCGAGAAAAUUCUUAUCGUGAUUAUUAUUCACGUUUAGACAAACUACCAAAUGAAGAUAGUAAUGGCAUAGAUGAUGAUGGCGAAGAUGAAACAAGUUAUUAUUUCAAUCAAUCUCCAUUAAAUUCUCUUAUUCAACGACGACGACGAUAUAGAAUUAAGCGUUUGAUGAAUAUUUAA